AUGCCUUCUCUCAUCGCCUUUUCAAUGGUGGUCGGAACCAUCGCGACAUCAGUUGUCGCGGAUAUCUACAACGUCAACGUCCCCUCUGGCUUCUUUUCCGGUCCUCAGUCCGGCAUUGGCUCAUGGUACCGCGCCUCCACGGGCCAGGACUCAACCAACGGACAAAGCUGGUGUGGCUACAAAUACUACAACUCGGACCCUGUGUUUGCUCCCUCUCUAAAAGCGAUGGGUGGUGCCACGUACAACUCUAACCCCGAUGCCUGGAGACAGCAGACUAGGAAAUAUUGUGGUCUGGAAGCCAAGGUCACGGACCCUACGACCGGCAAGAGUCAGCUCAUGUACAUUGGCGAUUCAUUUGACGACAAGUGGGUUAGAACGCCCGCAUCCAUCGACAUCAUGAUCGAUGCCUACUCCAACAUUCACGGAAAUCCAAACGGUGACAAAAAUAACGUCAUCAAGGGAGUUCAAUGGGAGCUCACAGGUAGAGUCAACACCCAGUAUGCUGCGCCAGGUGCGUCCUGGCCUCCUACGUCCGGUGGUUCUGGCGGUGGUUCUGGCAGUGGUUCUGGCAGCGGCGGUUUGGGGGCCAAGUGUGACGCGACAAAGCUUGCAAUUGGGGGUGUCAAGGAUGGUCUUGCAGCUCAAGUGUCCCGUGCCAAAAGCCCGGAAACUGUGUCAACGGUAUUUGCAGCUCUUAGAAAGGGGUUUAGCAAUUCUGAUUAUUCCUAA